UCGUCACGGAAAUUAAGUGACGUUUUCUUUUUGGCGUUCGGCUAGAUAAAUUCCAAGCAAAAUUCUGAAUAUGUAGCAAUGAAAGCUGUUCAAAUUCACGUCGUUAAGUGUUGGUGUUCAAUGUUUUGCGUCGUUUCGUCUGGUCGAGAUGGGAGAGGAUGUGGAGCUUUGUCUGGAGGUCCAAGUGGACCCUGCUUCCAAGAAGAUAUUGUCUAACCCUGAAAGAUGUCGUUCGGCUUUGUUGGAUGUGACCGUGGUCAAGCCCAAGGAGUUCGAGGCGUUCGGUACCCAUAGGACGAACACGCUACGAGCGGACGAAGUACGCAAGUUGAUUUCUUCGAUGGAGAAACAAAGAAGGAAGAAGCAGAAGGUCAUGGAUAAGUUGAAGGACGACGAUACUAUUAUCAAGAUACGCAAACACGACGAGUUUAGCAAUCAUCGUCAACCCUUCAGGAAACAGUUUCCUAAAUAUAGGGACCGGAUUUCCCCCACGGCUCCGGUAGAUGAUUUGGAACGAAAAGACUUCAUAGGGAUCGCUGAGUCUGUGGAACCUCUAUUUUGCGAAAUCCGAAGAUCGUUGAAGAACGUGGAAACCAGAAUCACGGAUAUGCAAGACAUCAAUCUGGUGAUUAGUCAGACGACGUUUGACGCUACAGCUUCGGAAGAAUACAUGUACUCGAGAAGGAAGAAACCGAGUCGAUUGAGUCCACAAACUAGUCAAAUACCACAUAGAGUGAGUCCAGCGGUAUACCGAAUGGAGGCACCGCACGACCUCAGGUCCCUUAUCCUCUCCAAGAACCGAGACAACGUUCUAGGAAAAGGCGAUAAAGUCGAAGGGAGGUGUCUAUGCGAAAACUGUGGCAUCGUCGGGUUACUCAUGGAAUGCCAAAAGCACCCCCUCCUCAACGAACUAAGCGAAUCGCCAUCCCCGUCCCAACACUCUUCCUUCUUCACCAGAAAAAAACGCACCAAAGUCGACGUUGCCAAUGUCGAAAACUGGAAACCUAAAGCCGACGAAUCAGCCUACAUCAAACACCUCUCCAACCGUGUGAAGCUCCUAGAGGAACGACUCGCAGCUCAGGAAGAACGCGUCGUCCCGAAAGACUACUUCAAAAAAAUUAUAACCAAAAUGGUCACAAACUUCUCCCCGAAAAUCUUCAAAUCCAGAAGCGACAUUUCCAUGCCUUGUCGCGACAAAAAGAAACCCCAAAAACCACCUAGUCCCAAACCUAUCGAAAAAACCCGUCACUUAAGCAAGAGCAUCCAGUGCUGCAACACCAACGUAACCUACCGCCGCAGACUCACCAAGAACGACAAAUCCACCCUCACCGACGACCACAUAGCCUACGGGGGCUACGUCUGGAAAUGGGGCGAAGAAGUCCUCAGACCCGGCGCCGACCUCAAAAACCGCAUCGUCACUCUUCUGACCGACAUCCUCAGCAAGCUCGCCCUCAGCGACAAAAGCUCGGCCGAAACCACCAAGCUCAAGGGGUCGGUCAAAAGCGAAAAGUACGACACCGAGCACCUGAAGAAGUUCAUGAAGCGCAUGAACACCAAGGUGUUUAACGCGCAGAUCGACCCCAAGGCGAAAUUUUUGACUGACGAUUACCCCAAGCGCGAGAAAGUUAGCUUCGGGCCGGUGCUUCCGGAGUUUGCGCAGAAGAGUGGCGAGAAGGUUAAAUCGCAUCAAAGGAGGGAGGAGAAGAAGAAUAUUGAUGUGUCGUACGUGAAUCCGAAGUUGUCGUCGUGGAGGAAGGAGUCGGCGCACCAUAAUGUCGAACCAGGAGAGGCUUUAGGGAAGCAAGAGUUUUUGAAGAUCGUGUCGAAGGCGAAGCAGAAUCAGAAGGACGUUUUGUGGAAGAAUAUAUGGAACCAGGCGAAGGCGAACGGACAGACGAAGAGCGACAAGAUUACUAUCAAGAUACCUUGUCAGGGGGGGAAAGAGGGGCAGAAGUUCUUUGAAACAGAGAUCACGAUUGGAGAAGUUGAGGAACUUUUAAAGGGGCUGCAGGGGUGUGAAGUCUGUAAAAAUUGGUAAUAAAGGUAGUUUUGAGAGUUU